AUGUUCAAAAAUCCAAAAUAUAUGUACGGAGCGAGCACUCGGAGCAUUUAUAUUACUUUGAAUUUUGGCGAAUUCGUUUUAAAAAAACUCGUAGAAUUCGAAAAUGAAGUGGCCUUGAUCAACGGCUUGACCGAUGAGAAACUCUUCUACGGUGAAAUAGCCCAAGAGGCUAUGAAUAUAGCUGUCUCGCUCAUUCGCUUUGGUGUGAAAAAGGGAGACGUGAUAGCCAUCAGUUCGGAAAAUCGCCGAGAAUUCUGGAGUACUCUAAUUGGCAUAAUCUGCGCUGGCGCCAUUGCCACUACGAUUAAUUUGAGCUAUAGUAAAGAUGAACUCACGCACGUAAUGAACAUAGCGAAACCGAAAUUUAUAUUCGCUUCCCCAUUUUCAUACAAACAGCACUCGAAAAACUAUAAAUCGCUGAAAUUCCUUGAGAAAAUCAUACUCUACGGCGAUGAAAAUCAACCGAACACGUUAUCAUAUAACGAUAUCGCGAAACCGGUAUCGGCACAUACCGGUACCGGUUUCGAAAACGUGCGGUACGAUGACUUCCAGUGCGUAGAGGUCGCAGGGCAGAUAGACACGGCAUUCAUUUUAUAUUCUUCCGGCACGACGGGUCUACCGAAGGGUGUUAUGAUCACCCAUCUUAAUUUGCUUGCAGCUUGUACACCACCUUUCGAAAUGCCUCCCCAAAGGAGUCUCUCAAUAACGCCAUGGUUCCAUAGCAUGGGUUUAAUCAGUACUCUCUCUGGAUUCCUGAGAGGCAAAUUGACAAUAUACCUACCGAAGUUUGACGUUGACACGUAUUUUAAGACGGUUGAAAAAUAUCAGAUAUCCCAGCUCAGUGUGGUACCAGCGAUGUUGACAGCGUUAUCUAAAGCGCAGGGGAAAUACGAUACAAGCUCGGUUGUCGAAAUCUACUCAGGAGCGGCGCCGUUGUAUGAAGAGACGGCGAUAUCUUGUAAAAAAAUGUUCCCAAAUGUCGUAGCUAUUCUGCAAGGGUAUGGUCUAACUGAAUGUACGCUUGCUUUGACCUUUAAUAUGAAUUUUGACAAGAUGGGCAGCGUUGGUAAUGUAGUGGAGAAUGUUAUAUUGAAAGUUGUGAACCCAGAAACAAGAGAAGCCCUUGGUCCAAAUCAAGAAGGUGAAAUCUGUGCUAAAGGCCUGGUGGUGAUGAAAGGAUAUUUGAACAAGGAUAGGCGGGAUGACUUCGAUGAUGAAGGGUUCUUCAGAACUGGGGACCUGGGGUACUAUGAUGAUGAAGGGUGUUUCUAUAUAGUGGACAGGUUAAAGGAGUUGAUCAAGUUUAAGGGGUAUCAGGUACCACCAGCAGAAAUAGAAGCCGUGCUGCUACAACACAACGGCAUCAGGGAAGCAGCCGUGGUAGGUCUACCUGACCUUGCUGCUGGUGAACUGCCUCUAGCCUUCGUGGUGCUGCAGCCUGGUGCCAAGCUGAGCGAGAAGGAAAUACAGGAUUAUGUGGCUGAAAGGUUAUCAAACCCAAAACAUUUGCGCGGCGGCGUGAGGUUUAUAAAUGAAAUACCGAAAAAUCCAACGGGCAAGAUUCUCAGGAAGGAGCUGCGUAAAAUGGUCGGCGCUGUGAAGAGCAAAAUUUAGUUUUAGGUGGGGAUUGUAAUGGUUCGAAGUUCGAUGUUCAGGGGGAUGGUAUUAUGAGCUUUUGUUAUGAAAUUAUUUUGUUAUAAUAAAAGAGGUUGUUGAUA